AUGGGUUCCAAAGACAAGCAUGACGACGACGAAUCGCUUAGUACAGGCCUAAAGGUGAUGCUAGCAGCAGCUAUCUCUUUAUUUGCUGUGAUUUCAAUAAUCAUCAUCGUCCAUUUUAGUGUCAAAUAUUUCAUCAGACGGCAACAAAGGAGACGCCAAAACGAGCUUCUUCACCAGAUCACCACUCAGAUUGCACCGAUUGAUGUGAGUUCUGUGGAGCCACGGAACCCUGGACUUCAAACUUCCAUCAUAGCAUCUCUGCCUAAAGUUUUGUACAACCAAACGGAACAGUUCAAGCAAGGUGAAGUGAUAGAGUGUUCGGUUUGCCUGGCCACCGUUAUGGAGGAUGCAAUGACUAGAGUGCUACCAAAUUGUAAGCACAUUUUUCAUGUUGGUUGUGUUGAUAAAUGGUUUAAUUCUAACACCACGUGCCCAAUUUGCCGCACUGUGGUUGACCCGAAGGUGUCACCGGAAGAAGAACAUGUCCAACCCACAGCACCACCUGUUGUGGGUUUGAGAAUAGGAUCUUUCCAUAGGAUGGUUAGUAACAGUUAUGAUGAAUCUACUAUAGAUAUAGCAAGACACUGA